ACGCAAUUUUUUUUCUUUUUGAUUUUUUACCUGGAUUACUGAGAUGCAUCAGGAUAUAUCUAAUUAUUCAUGUGUGGAUUUAAGAAAACAGGAGUAUCUCUAAAAAUGAUCAGGUACUGGGCUGAAAAUAUGUGCGUGUGUAUGUUUUUGUUACCAGGUGGGGAUGAUUUUUGACCAUUUUCCUGGUACACACAACCAUGUGAGGACACACUGUUCCUUAUGAGGGCAAAAGCCUGGUCCCCAUUGGGGCAAAAAAAAACGCUGGUGGGUCAGGGUUUAGGUUUUGGUAUAUAUUGGGGUGAUUAGGUUAGGGGGGUGUCAGGGACUUUUAAAUGAAUGGAAGCCAAUCCAAAGUCCCCAUAAGAAUAGAAGAAGAAGUGUUUUUGUGUUUAGCCGUCUCCAGGACACUCCUGCAGGAGGGAGGGGAGUCCUUCCAGGGACCAGACGUCCCGAGCUGGAAUUUCCUCCACUCCAGAGCCAAAGCUUCACGUGUCCUCGUGUGUUUACGGGUUCAGAAUCCACGUGUGUGUGUGAGUGUGUGUGUGUGUGAGACAGCUGACUCCACCUCCACUCCAGCUCAGAGUGUCUCCACCCACAGGAGUUCAUAAGAGUCCGACCCGGUCCAUGGCUGCGAGAACACUUUCUAGGAUCUAAGAGACACUAUCCUGUGGCUGCUGCUGGACCCGUGGAGCUUCUGGAUUAAGUCACUUCAGCCCGAGGCUUCGUCUUACAUCACAGUUGUUGUGAAACUUGAAGAGAAAAGUAGUGAGGAGGUGGUGAAGCUGACUAAGUGGACCACAGCUCUGAGACAAGGACCAUCUUCGGAUUUGGCUCAGAAUUGCAGAAUCAUGGCUACAGCUCACAAGCGCAUCCUGAGCCCGCUGAGGAGAAGCGGGCCCACCCGACGCAGCCUGUUUGGCCCAGUGGACCGAGAACAGCUCCAGGUGGAAUACCAGGCCGCCCUGAGUAAAGACCUGGAAGAGGCGUCUAAACGCUGGGGCUUCGACUUCAUCUCGGGCAAACCCCUGGAGAGCGGUGACUUCCAGUGGGAGGGCGUACUGGACUCCAGGGUGCCGCUGCUCUACAGAUCCUGUGUGCCCAACGUUAAACCGACACGAGGUCAAAGGCCAGCGAGCUCAAUGGCAUCAACCAAAAGAGCAAGGGCGGCGUCGCCAGAGAGCGAGAAGGAGAACAUCCCCCAAACACCAGAGAACCGCCUGCUGAACCUGGAAGACGUGGAGAAAACGCCAGAGAAGGGAGACAGAACAGGACUGAAGAGGAAACAGACAAACAUUACAGAUUUCUACCAGGCUAAGAGGCGAAUAGUUUGGAUGCCGAGGAAAUCCGGCGAGUGAUAUCCACGGGAAAGAGAACCACAGCAACAAAAAGUCCCCUCCUCAGGAGUCAGAUACUCAACGCAUACAGCAUGAAGAAUUAAAUUUAAAAAUAAUACAGUAUACAGUUAAUUAGGGUACUGUAUCUGAGGGGUUUGGUGGGUUUUUUCCCCCUCCAGUGGUUAAGAAGGGGACAUUUGAGAAGAGAAGAUUAACGGUAAUCCCUGGAAUCAGUGGAUUUAUACUCGUUUGGAUUGAGGGCUUGCCAAAGUGCUGACUGACUUUUGCCUCAGCUCAGCUUUGUGGGAACUCUCAGCCUCCUGCAGGAUGGAGAAACGACAGACCCACGCCUUUCUGAACCGUUAUGAGUUUCAGCAACAAAAAGAAAGGAAGAAGUGCCUCAUCUUUGUGCAAAUCCACUAUGUUUUAAAGGGCUGAGAUUCUUUUUUUAAAGCUGUAUUAUUAUUCUUAUAUAGGAGAAAUCUUAAGGGGUUGUGACAUAUUGAACAUGCAGCUGCUUUGCUUUUUCCACCCGGUUCUAUCUGCUGUAUGUGAAAUUCUAAAAAAUCCUCUACAGCUGCCCCGCCCAGACCAGAUAAUGUCACUUAGGUUUGUAGCAUCAUGUCUCUGCAGCACUUAUUUAUAGGAUAUAUAACAGAGACUUAGUCGUAGAGUUAAAUAUAGUUAAAAAGCUCGAAAGCAAACUUGCAGUAUUGCACAUAAAUCUUGUGUUUUAGUAUUUUAAGCUCCAUAAAAAGAACAAGCAGAUGAAAUGUUGUUCUCUAAGUAUUGUUUAAAGCCACAGACUUUAUUGCCUUUUUAUUUUUAAGUGUAUGUUUGAGUUUCCUGUUCUGAUCAUUCCUGCUGCUACAGAUAAUCUGGAUGAUAACGGACACAUUCUUGUAAUUCUAAUCCUUUCGCACGCUGUCAAUUUUGAAUUGUUCACCAAUGGGGAAAAAUGUAAAAAACAGUCCAAAAACAAAAUUGCCAUUUCUGUUAGUAGAUGCUUGUUCACAGAUCCUAAACGCUGCAUUUAAAUAUGUCUUUAUUUAUUGAGGUGUCAGGCCUUGUGUCGAUUCUAGUGUUGAUUUUAAAUUUAAAUAAAAUUUAUUGAAAUGUU